CGUCCCUCGGCCGUCUCCUCCCACGUCCAGCUCUGCGUCCGAGCGCCUCCGAAUCCCAGAAUGUUCCCGGAACUCAAUGACCUUUUGAACACUACCCCGGACAAGGUGGAGCAGGGGAAACUGACUCUGCUCUGCGAUGCCCAGACGGACGGCAGCUUCCUGCUCCACCACUUCCUUUCCUUCUACCUCAGAGCCAACUGUAAAGUCUGCUUUGUGGCGCUCACCCAGUCCUUCAGUCACUACAGCAUCGUGGCACAGAAGCUGGGUGUCAGCCUGACCACUGCCCGGGAGCGCGGGCAGCUGGUGGUCCUGGAGGGUCUCAAGUCCUCGGUGGACGUCUUCUUCCGGGCCCAGGAGGAGCCACACCCCCUGCAGUUUCUCAGGAAGGCCAGCGCUGGGGACUUGCAGCCGCUGUAUGAGUUUGUGCAGGAGGCCCUGAAGCCUGUGGACGGUGAGGAGGCUGCAUGGAGGUGCCCAGUGCUGCUGAUGGACGAUCUCAGUGUGCUGCUGAGCCUGGGUGUGGGUGCCGUGGCCGUGCUGGACUUGGUCCACUACUGCAGGGCCACCGUGUGCUGCAAACUGAAGGGAAACCUGGUGGCGCUUGUGCAUGACAGCGGAGGCGCUGAGGAUGAAGAGAGCAACACCCUGCUGAAUGGCCUCAGCCACCAGAGCCACCUGAUCUUGCGGGUCGAGGGCCUGGCCACGGGCUUCUGCCGGGAUGUGCAUGGGCAGCUGACGAUCCUGCGGAGGACCCUGUCGCAGCCCACAGUGCAGGGUGAGCGGCGCCUGACUUACCAGUACAAGAUACAAGACAAGAACGUGUCCUUUUUUGCCAGAGGGAUGUCCCCUGCUGUUCUGUGACGCGCUGUCAGGCCAGCGCCAGCAGCCUGGGACCGUUUGUGUUUAUGAAAGAGAAAGGAGCCCUGCAGAACCGGACCUUCCCACCCUCCUGGUGGUACCUGGCAGCCCACUACUUACCUGGGCCCUGCUCGGAAAGCAGCGGGAAGCCUCCUUCCUGCUACUGCUGCUGCUGCUGCUGCUGAGAGAGGGGCUGCGUGGGGACCCGCAGUGACAAGGAACCUCCACCUGGAGCUUUCUGUGUGAAUGUGCACCAGCUCCCCAUCUCUGGUUCCUGUGCCUCGCGGAACCAGAGUAGUCAGAAACGUGCCAACCAGGAGACGGUCUGCACCCUCACGGCUGGCGUAAAGUGAGUUCCCACGUCACGGCUUCAUGUGGGCUCUCUACUGUUCACCUGCCUCCUGGAUGGGACGGAGGCGCCUGGUGGCGUAGUGGACUGUACACGAAGCUGUUUACCACCUGGUCCUUGGUUCAAACCCUCCAGCCACUCCUCGGGAGAAACGAGGCUGUCUACUCCUGUAAAGAUUUAA